AUGCUGGGGAGUGAAGGUGGCAUCGAGCCGGGAACUUUCUCUUCGGUUCGCCGAGAUUCGCGUAACUUUUUCCACCUGAUGUCAGUAGUUAGGGUGCAGUCAGGCAUCCACGUCACCAUUCGAUCGGACCGCCAAAUGGGAUUAGAGUUCCCUCGCGUUCCCGCGGGAGCCUGUGAUUGCUUCACUGUUUACCCGACAGUAUUGCGGGUGGCCUAUGGGCGCGGAAAAGCUUUCAAGUCGCACGUUAUACGCUACCGCUAA